CUGUCAAAUUGCGCAGAGUAUAUGUCGACUAGCGGCAAGUAUAGGAUUGCAGAAAGUUUAAGCAAGAAGGCAGUGAAAACAAGGACUAAAAUGCUAGGAGAGGAACAUUCCGAUACGCUGACGAGUAUGGCUAAUCUGGCAUGGACAUAUUGGCACCAGGGGCGAUAUAAGGAGGCAGAAGAGCUCUUAAUAGGAGUAAUAAGGAUGAGGAAGAGAAUGCUGGGAGAAGAGCAUCCCGAUACGCUGACGAGCAUAGCCAACCUGGCAUCUGUAUACUGGCAUCAGGGGCGGUGGAAGGAGGCAGAAGAGCUAUUAAUAGGAGUAGUGGCAUCGAGGAAGAGGAUAUUAGGAGAGGAGCAUCCUGAUACACUCAUAACUAUAGCUAAUCUGGUAUCGAUAUAUAGUAACCAGGGGCGAUAUAAGGAGGCAGAAGAGCUCUUAAUGAGAGUAGUGGCGAUAAGCAAGAGGGCGCUAGGAGAAGAGCAUCCCGAUACGCUGACGACUAUGGCCAAGCUAGCAUUACUAUGCAGCAACCAGGGGCGAUGGAAGGAGGCAGAAGAACUCUUAGUGGGAGUAGUGAAGACAAGCAAGAGGGCGCUAGGAGAAGAGCAUCCUAAUACGCUGAUGACUAUGGCCAAUCUGGCAUGGACAUACCAAAACCAGGGGCGAUGGAAAGAGGCACAAGACCUGGAGGUAGGAGUACUAGAAAAGAGAAAGAGGACGCUAGGAGAGGAGCAUCCUCAUACGCUGUCGAGUAUGUCCAAUUUGGCAUUGAUAUACUGGCGCCAGGGGCUAUGGAAGGAGGCAGAAGAGCUGGAGGUAGGAGUACUAGAGACAAGAAAAAGGACACUAGGAGAGGCGCAUCCCGAUACGCUGACAACUAUAGCUAAUCUAGCAUUAACACACCAAAACCAGGGGCGAUGGAAGGAGGCAGAAGAGCUCUUAAUAGGAGUAAUAAGGAUGAGGAAGGGGACGCUAGGAGAAGAGCAUCCCGAUACACUGUCGAGCAUGGCUAGCCUAGCAUCAAUAUACUGGCGCCAGGGGCGACGGAAGGAGGCAGAAGAGCUAGAGGUAGAAGUACUAGAGACGAGAAAGAGGACGCUGGGAGAGGAGCAUCCCGAUACACUAACGAGUAUGCAUAAUCUAGCCAUUACCUGGAAAGUCAGUGGCCGGACUGGAGACGCUCUAGCCCUCAUGCGGAACUGUGUAGGUAUAAGACAACGAGUACUUGGUACGGACUAUCCACAGACGAUGCUAUCAGUGGCAUGUCUUGCUGAGUGGGAGAAUAGGGGC